AUGUAUAGCUUACACACCGUCUAUAAGUUUGGUUGGUGCAAGAGUGAUGCGAUGAACCGGGCGAAUCUGUUCCGAACCUCGAACUACACAAUACCUCACCGCUUUGUGGCCGAGACGCGAUGGAUUUAUGUUCUAGAAUGGGCGAGCCGGAGGAGAUUCAGCUUGCAGUGUGUUGUAGUAAAAGUUUGGGUGCCAGCAAAGUACCAAUUCAAAAGGACGCGGAUACCCUUCCACUAUUGCCAAGGAACGUUGAUCUACUUGAUGGCCUCCCAGGUGGGCAGGCUACUUCUUCAUGAGUUCUACUUCAUGGCCGACUUUUAUAUGCCAGCGACAUUCAUGUUUGAGUAUUAUCACCCUAUAUAUUUGUAA